AUGAAUUGGAGCACAUACAUUCUCUUUUGUUAUUUUCUCCUUGGGAUACAAUGUAAAACGAUUCCUUUCAUAAACAACGCUAUUCUCGUACCGAUUCGACCCAAACUAAACACGACACUCUUGACAAAUAUCUCAUGUGACCAGUGUCUUUGUUCAGCAUUACAAAAUUCUUUGAUACUAGCAAUAAACUGUUAUGCAAACUCCACCUGCGAAUUGUUCACUCAAUACCCUCGCACGUAUCAAUAUCAAUCAUCGAGCAAUAGCCGUGUUUAUUUCCCUCAAAGUAUCUUACCUAAUGCAAGCAAUCCAUGCUGCAUGUCAAACACAACGUUAUUAUUGCAAAAACUUCAAAAUGCGGCGAAUCCUAUGAUUAAUGUCACUAUCACACAACCUCGGUGUCUCCUUAUUGAUAACAACGGGUCAUUGGUCACUAUCGAGCAGACAGCCAAUGGACAAUCCUACUUUGAUCGAUUAGAUCCCCGGACUUUGACGCUUCUUGAACAUAUUCCAAUUAACGCUACGGUGGCAAAUAUCGGUCAUUAUCAAGACAAGUUUUACAUCGGAAUUAAUAAUAAUCAUACAAUAUCUGUGUUCAAGAAAGGUCAAACUAAUAAUUCUUUAGUGUAUUUAACCAAUAUUAAUGGAGGAGCAACACCUAUGAAAGGUGUUCGAGAUAUAAUUUUUUUAAAUAAUGGAUCAACAAUGGUUGUUGCUUCGGCUGACAACAACUGUAUUUACUACUAUGCAGUGGUCAACGAUACAUAUUAUCCACUGAUAACCUACACGACAGUUAAUUACUAUACACCACAUGGUUUAUUCCCACUGAAUGAUUCGUUUUACUACGUUGCAGCAUGGAGUAUUCCUUCGAUAUACUCUUACAAAUAUAAUACCCAGUCAGCAAAUUGGACACAAUCACUCUUUGCCACUGCACCAGCCCCUAACACCUACGGAGCGCAUGUAUUCGUCGAUGAUUGCGAUCGUCGAUGGUUUACAGUUUAUGGUUAUGGUAUUCGAAUUUAUGAUGCCAAUGGAGCGAGUUUAGGUAGCUGGAGUAUCGGCGGUGGAUAUUUUGAUGCAUUACUUUUGGAUAAUUAUGUGCUAAUAUUGUCCAAUUCGGCAAAUUCUAAACUGACACGUAUAGAUCCUCAAGUUACAUGUGAUUAA